GAGAGGACUAUAAAAACAACAUGGACACCUGGCAGUUCCCACGAUGAGCUGACAGGUACAAACUCUUUAUCUCGCACACUACAUGUCCGGUACUCGCCCACGUCAACCGUGUCCUGGUCCUGCCUGGUCGGAGUCCCACAGGCAGGGGAAUGACUGAUCUCCUUUCUGCAUGAUGAGACGUGCUUAAGAAGCCUGACUCAGCUGCUGAUAUGGUGGACCUUAGACAAAGUCUCAGAAGCCCCCAGUCUCACAUUCGAGUGGGAGUCUGGGGACAAUAUUGCAACAGAUUAUGGCUUUAGGAGAUCAUCUCCCACGGAAAUCUGUUUGGACUGUUCCGAAAUAAGAGAUCGGAAGAUGGAGAGAGUGGCGGCUGAGAAGGAGAUAGACGCCCUUCCGGAUUCCGACGAGGAGCUGUCUGAUGGUGAGUCGACGAAUAGGUCCGGUCGCUGGGAGGCGAGAGAGACGGAAGACGGCGGCGAGUGCAAAACCAACGCUCAGGACAUCCCGGCCAAGCCGCAGGACUCUGGAAUCGGUGACGUGGAGUGCUGUGGCUCCCUGGAGGGCAGAAGUGACACCGGGGACCUUUCAGACGGAACGGAACACCAAGGCCAGGAGAACUCCCAGCUCAUAAACCAAGAGGAGGACGAAUCCGCGAAGGAGCAGCACAUGAACGGCGAGUCGGGCUGGAGGAACUUGGGAGCGGGGAGGAAAUGCAAACCCAGGAGCGGCGGAUCGAUUUCAGAGCAGAGCAACCAAAGUGCUUUCACGGCCACCUCCUUCCAAAAAGGCAACUUUGCGCCGAGCGGCGGCAGGCACAAGCAGACCCGCAGGCGCAACCACCACCAUCAGCUGAACCGAGGACGCAGGCGGACGGGCAGACAGCUGGUCUUCGCCUUGAAGGAGGUGCUGUCGGAGUCUGUCAGCGUGUGGUGCAUCUCCUGUGUCCACAUGAUGAUCGAGAUUAUCGUCAUGUUGACUCACAAUUGUGGCGUGGGCGUGGAGGCCGGGGGCUUGGCGCUCUACAGCUUGGGACAGCGGCUCUUUGUGAAGAUCACGGACAUCCCGGGAAUGAAGGACGACGCCGGUCGGACUUUGAAAUGGACAAAAUGCACGGUCGCGCAGGUGGUGGACAGAGCCGUUCGGUUCCUGAAGUGGACUAAACAAGCCGCCUCGUCCACGCUCAGACUUUUCUGCGCUUUGCUCAUGCUCGGGUCCCAGCGGGCCAAAAGGGUCCUGGUCCGGGUCGGUGGAGAGAGAGGGAAACGGUAUUGGACAGCCUUUCAGGAUUCACGUCUGUGGAAGAGGGUGCUGCUCUUGGUGGAGAGAGUAGGAAACCUCUUCAAGAGACGUGGUCACGCGCAGGCAUCCGACUUUGAGUCACCGGGGAGAGCAGGGAGAGGCCCGCCGGGACAGGAGCUGGAGAGACUGCUCGCCCUGGCCGAGGUCCCCGAGGAAGAGCUCGAUCCCUUCACAGUUUUGGGCGUGGAGGUCCACGCCAGCGAGGCCGAGCUGAAGAAGGCUUACAGGCAGCUGGCUGUCCAGGUCCAUCCAGACAAGAACAAACACCCACGAGCCGGAGAGGCCUUCAAAGUACUGCGGGCGGCCUGGGAUAUUGUCAGUAACUCAGAAACACGAAGAGAGUAUGAGUUGAAGCGCAUGGCAGCGACUGAGCUCUCCAAGUCCAUGAACGAGUUCCUCACCAAGCUGCAGGACGACCUGAAGGACGCCAUGAACACCAUGAUGUGUACCAAGUGUGAAGGGAAGCACAAGCGCUUUGAGAUGGACCGCGAACCCGCCGAGGCCCGCUUCUGCGCCGAAUGUAGUCGCCGCCAUAGUGCCGAGGAGGGGGACCUGUGGGCGGAGUCUAGCAUGCUGGGAUUGCGUAUCACGUACUUUGCCUGCAUCGAUGGCAAGGUCUUUGACAUCACAGAGUGGGCGGGUUGCCAAAGGAUCGUCAUCUCUCCAGACACACACCGCGUGCCCUACCACAUCUCCUUCGGGGCCAAGAACCACAGCAGUGCCACCAGACACAGGACCCACGCCGAGCACGGCCCUGGCACCGGCCCCGUCCCCGGUCCUGCCAACCCGGCAGAUCUGCAGGACUUCUUCAAGCGCAUCUUCAAGGGAGGACCCCCCAGCGACAUGCCUGCCAACGGGGCCUUCUUCCCCUCAGGUCCACCCCACCACGCCCCACCCGGUGCCGGGCCACCCCCCUUCCCCCCUCCCCCGGGCCCGACCUCUUUCUUCAUGCCGGGGGCCCACCAUCGGCCCGAGUCCGGCGAGCCCUGGUCCGAGGGCGGCAAACCCCCAAGGAGGAAGAAGAAGGUGCGCAAACCCUUCCAGAGGUGAAGUCUGCCCACGCCUCGAAGAAAGAUCUGUUUGGCUCCGGUCUGGCCUGUCGGGGCGCUCACGUGCCACACGGAGGCGCUCGCUCCAAGACCUGAAGAUGUGCCGUGGACUGAGCAGAACUCAAAAGACCGGAAGAUGUGCUGUGGACUCUAUCCUCACUUUCCACUUGUAUGUAGCCUUGCCCUUCUCCUGCAUCCUUCUCCUCACCUAACCCAGGAGGCCAGAAAGACCCGGGACUCGGACCACGGCGCACAUUUCAGUACAAAGUGUCCCUCAUGAUCGUGCUUGCUUUGUCCAAAGUGGCCAUUGUCCAGAUUGUUCCAAGACGUGUUUGAGGACUUCACCCAGGAUCAACACACCAGGUGUGUCCAAACCUUCUCAUUCAAGUUUGGUCCCAAGGACCCAGAAGGGUCUCAGUUAUAAAAAAUGUUCAAAAAUAAGCCUUUUUUUUUUUCUUUUUUUUUUUUUAAAUCUCCUGAUCAACUGCCCUUUUUGUCUAAGAAACCCUGUUUUUUAUGGCAAAAAUCCCAAACUAUGCAAUAUCCCCCCCCCACCCCCCCCAAAAAAAAACAUUAAAAGUGGAAUAUUUGAUGUGAAGUAAUUAGAGCCUCAAUACCUCAAUCAUUCAUAACUUUGAUUUCAUUUGUUAUUUGUCAACAAUUACAUUAUAAAAAAAAAUCCCAAUAAAAUUCUCAAAGAUCCAAAAAGUUCCCAUUCAUAAAAGUGUUAAAAACAUGUUGUAGAUUUUAUUUAUUUUUUACUUUAGGCGCUUAAUCGACCUACUUCUGAUCUUUUUACUUUUUUAUUUUGUUUUAUGCCAUUUUUGUCAUGAGAAACUUAGUCAUGGAUUUUGAUUAAUAAUUAUUUUUGAACAAUUACAUUAAAAAUGGAUCUAAAAAGGUCGUAUAGCUCGGUUGGUAGAGUGGCCGUGCCAGCAACUUGAGGGUUGCAGGUUCGAUUCCCGCUUCCGCCAUCCUAGUCACUGCCGUUGUGUCCUUGGGCAAGACACUUUACCCACGUGCUCCCAGUGUCACCCACACUGGUUUAAAUGGAACUUAGAUAUUGGGUUUCACUAUGUAAAGCGCUUUGAGUCACUAGAGAAAAGCGCUAUAUAAAUAUAAUUCACUUCACACACUUCACGUCCCAUUCAUAAGUGUUAAAAAUAAGUUGUCGAUUUUUAUUUUUUUCCCAACGCUUAUGUCUAUCCAUCUACUUAAGAUCUAUUUGAGUUUUUUAUUUUUAUUUUAUUUUGUAAUUAAUUUUGUUUCUUUUAUGACUUUUUUGUCAUUGAAAACCUGGUGGUUUAUUGUCAUUUAUUUAUGAGCAAUGACAUAAAAAAAAUCCCAGUAAAAUUCUCAGGGAUCCAAAAAGGUCCCAUUCAUAAAAGUGUUAAUAAGUUGUAGAUUAUUUUUACUUUCAGCGCUUAAUCAAUCUACUUAGUUCUUUUUAUUUUUUUUAUUUGGUUUUAUGCCCUUUUUUUCAUGAAAAACUUAGUCAUUGAUUAAUUAUUAUUUUUGAGCAAUGACAUUAAAAAAGGCAUCUGAAAAGGUCCCAUUCAUAAAAGUGUUACAAAAUAAGUUGUAGAUUUUUAAUUUUUUUCAACGCAUAAAUCUAUCCAUCUACUUUAGAUCUAUUUGGGGUUUUUUUUAUUUUAUUUUGUAAUUAAUUUUGUUUGUUUAAAGCAUUUUUUGUUAUAGAAAACAUAUUUAUUGAUUUUCUAUAUUAUUUUUUGGAGCAAUGAUGUUAAAACAAAAAUCCCAAUAAAAUUCCGGGGAUCCAAAGAGGUCCCAUUCAAAAAAGUGUUAAAAAUAAGUUGUAGUAUAUAUAUGUAUUUUUUUUUUUACUUUCAGCAUUUAAUCAAUCUACUUUAAAUCUUGUUUUUUUAUUUUGUUUGUUUAUACCCUUUUUGUCAUGAAAAACUUAGUCAUUGAUUAACAUUGAUUUUGAUUAAUUAUUAUUUUUGAGCAACGACAUUAAAAAUGGGAUCUAAAAAGGUCCCAUUCAUACAAGUGUUUAAAAAAAUUGUAGAUUUUUUUUUUUCAACACUUAAGUCUAUCCAUUUACUUCAGAUCUAUUUGUUUUUUUUAUUUAUUUUAUUUUGUAAUCAUUUUGUUUGUUUUAUGACUUUUUUUGUCAUAGAAAACCUAGUUAUUGAUAGUCAUUAUUAUUUUUGAGCAAUGACAUUAAAAAAAAAAAAAUCCCUACAAAAUUCUCAGGGAUCCAAAAAGGUCCCAUUCUAAAAAGUGUUAAAAAAAGAUGUAGAUUUUGUCUUGUUUUUACUUUCAGUGCUUAAUCGAUUUACUUCAGAUUUUUUUUUAUUUAGUUUUAUGCGCUUUUUGUCAUGAAAAACUUAGUCAUUGAUUAACAUUGAAUUUAAUUAUUUUUGAGCAAUGACAUUAAAAAAGCGAUCCAAAAAGUUCCCAUUUCCAAAAUUGUUACAAAUAAGUAUUACUUUUUUUUAUUUUUAUUUUUAUUUUUUUUACAUUCAGCGCUUAAUCGAUCUACUUCUGAUCUUUUUAUUUUGUAUUUGUUUUAUGCCCUUUUUGUCAUAUAAAAAACGUAAUCAAUAGAAAUCAAUGUUAAUGACUAAGUUUUUUUUAUGACAGAAGGAGCAUAAAACAAAUACAAAAUAAAAAGAUCUGAAAUAGAUUGAUUAAGCACUGAAUGUAAAAAUAGAUAAAUACAUCUAACACUUUUUUUUAACACUUUUAUGAAUAUUAUGUUUUUGGAAGCGGUAGGCAAUGGAUGGAUGGAUGGAUCCUUUUUUUGAUGUUAUUGCUCAAAAAUAAUAAUUAAUACAAAUCAAUGUCUAAUAUUUUUGAGCAAUGACAUUAAAAAAGGGAUCCAAAAAGGUCCCAUUAAUAAAAGUGUUAAAAAUAAGAUGUAGAUUUUUUUUUUCAACGCUUAAGUCCAUGCAUCUAGAUCAGAUCUAUUUGUUUUUUUAAUUAUUAUUUUGUAAUUAAUUUUGUUUGUUUUAUGCCUUUUUUGUCAUGAAAAACAUAGUUAUCUAUUUUCAAUGUUAUUUUUGAGCAAUGAUAUUAAAACAAAAAUCCUAAUAAAAUUCCCGGGGAUCCAAAAAGGUCCCAUUCAUAAAAGUGUUAAAAAUAAGUUGUAGAUUUUUUAUUUUUUAUUUUUUUUACUUUCAGCGUUUCAUCGAUUUACUUCAGAUUAUAUUUUUUAAUUUGUUUGUUCUAUGUCAUUAAUUUUGAUUCAUUAUUAUUUUUGAGCAAUGACAUUAAAACAUUAUUUAAAAAGGUACCAUUCAAAAAAGUGUUAAAAAUAAGUUUUACUUUUUCUUUUCUUUUUUUUUUACAUUCAGCGCUUAAUCGAUCUACUUCUGAUCUUUUUAUUUUGUAUUUGUUUUAUGCCCUUUUUGUCAUAAAAAAAACGUAAUCAAUAAAAAUCAAUGUUAAUGACUAAGUUUUUUUUAUGACAAAAGGAGCAUAAAACAAAUACAAAAUAAAAAGAUCUGAAAUAGAUUGAUUAAGCACUGAAUGUAAAAAAAAAAAAAAAAAAUACAUCUAACACUUCUUUUUAACACUUUUAUGAAUAUUAUGUUUUUGGAUCCUUUUUUGAUGUUAUUGCUCAAAAAUAAUAAUUAAUACAAAUCAAUGUCUAAUAUUUUUGAGCAAUGACAUUAAAAAAGGGAUCCAAAAAGGUCCCAUUAAUAAAAGUGUUAAAAAUAAGUUGUAGAUUUUUUUUUUUAAACACUUAAGUCUAUCCAUCUAGAUCAGAUCUAUUUGUUUUUUUUUAAUUAUCAUUUUGUGAUUAAUUUUGUUUGUUUUAUGCCGUUUUUGUCAUGAAAAACAGUUAUUGAUUUUCAAUGUUAUUUUUGAGCAAUGAUAUUAAAACAAACAUCUCAAUAAAAUUCCCAGGAAUCCAAAAAGGUCCCAUUCAUAAAAGUGUUAAAAAUAGGUUGUAGAUGUAUUUAUUUUUUACUUUCAGCGUUUAAUCGAUUUACUUCGGAUCUUAUUUUUUAUUUUGUUUGUUCUAUGCCCUUUUUGUCAUGAAAAACUUAGUCAUUGAUUAACAUUAAUUUUGAUUCAUUAUUAUUUUUGAGCAAUGACAUUAAAAAAGGAUUUAAAAAGGUCCCAUUCAUAAAAGUGUUAAAAAUAAGUUGCACAUUUUUUUUCAACGCUUAAGUCCAACGAUCUACUUCAGAUCUGUUUAUUUAUUAUCAUUUUGUAAUUAAUUUUGUUUGUUUUAUGCCAUUUUAUUUUCAUAGAAAACAUGGUUGUUGAUUUUCAUUAUUAUGUUUGAGCAAUGACAUUUCAAAAAAGUGUUAAAAAUGAGUUGUAGAUAUUUAAAUUUUUUUUACUUUCAGUGCUGUAUCAAUCUGCUUCUGAUCUUUUUAUUUUGUGUUUGUUUUAUGCCCUUUUUAUCAUAAAAAACUUAGUUGUUGAUUAUCAUUGAUUUUUGUUGAUUAAGGUAUUUUUUAAUGACAAAAAGGGCAUAAAACACACAAAAUAAAUCAAUAGUCAUUAAAAUAAUAGUCAUUAAUCAAUGACUAUUAUUUUACAGCAAUAACAUUAAAAAAAGGGAUCCAAAAAGGUCCCGGGACAUAAUAAUAAUACUAGUAAUUAUAAUUAUAAAUAUUUUUUGGUUUGUUUUUGUUUUAUGCAGUUUUUGUUUGAGAAAAGUUACUUCACAUUGAUCGGGUUAGGGUUAGAUUCAUUAUUGUUUUUGAGCAUUGCGACCCCCAAAGGGACAAGCGGUAGAAAAUGGAUGGAUGGACAUUAAAAAAACAGACAUGAGCGUUUUGUUUUUUAAAUAUUUUAAAAUAAAUGUUUUGUUUUAUGCCCUUUUUGUCAUAGAAAACAUACUUAUUGAUUUUGAUUCAUUAUUUUUGAGCAAUGACAUUAAAAAAAAAUCCCAUUAAAGUUCUUAGGGAUCCAAAAAGGUCCCGCUCAUAGUGUUAAAAAUAAUAAUAACAAUUAUAAAUAAUAAUUUUUUGUUUUGUUUUGUUUUAUUUUAUGCAGCUUUUGUCUGAGAAAACUUACUUCACAUUGAUUCGGGUUAGGGUUAGAUUCAUUAUUAUUUUUGAGAAAUGCCACCCCAAAAGGGACAAGUGGUAGAAAAUGGAUGGAUGAACAUACAAAUAAAAUGUGCUUAAGUUUUUUUAAUUAAUAUUUUAAAAUACAUUUGUUUGUUUUACGCUCAUUUUGUCAUAGAAAACGUACCUUUUUGAUUAUGAUUCAUUAUUUUUGAGCAAUGAAAUUAAAAAAAAAAAAUCCCAAUAAAAUUAUAAAGGGAUCCAAAAACGUCCCGCUCAUAAAGUGUUAAAAAUAAUAAUAAUUAUAAAUUUGGUUUGUUUUAUGCAGUUUUUGUCCGAGAAAACGUACUUAACAUUGAUUCGGGUUAGGGUUAUAUUCAUUAUUAUUUUUGAGGAAUGCGACCCCAAAAGGGACAAGUGGUAGAAAUGGAUGGAUGGACAUAAAAAAAAAAAAGCGCUUAAGUUUUUUUAAAUUAAUAUUUAAAAUUAAUUUGUGUUUCUUUUAUGCCCUUUUUGUCAUAGAAAACGUACGUAUUGAUUUCGAUUCAUUAUUUUUGAGCAAUGACAUUAAAAAAAUUUGCAUUAAAGUUCUUAGGGAUCCAAAAAGGUCCCGCUAAUAAAGUGUUGAAAAUAAUAAUAAUAAUAAUAAAUAAUAAUUUUUAGUUUUGUUUUGUUUUAUGCAGCUUUUGUCCGAGAAAACUUACUUCACAUUGAUUCGGGUUAGGGUUAGAUUCAUUAUUAUUUUUGAGAAAUGCCACCCCAAAAGGGACAAGUGGUAGAAAAUGGAUGGAUGAACAUACAAAAAAACAAAAGAGUUUAAGUUUUUUUAAUUAAUAUUUUAAAAUACAUUUUGUUUGUUUUACGCGCAUUUUGUCAUAGAAAACGUACCUUUUGAUUUUGAUUCAUUAUUUUUUAGCAAUGACAUUGAAAAAAAAAAUCCCAAUAAAAUUAUAAAGGGAUCCAAAAAGGUCCCGCUCAUAAAGUGUUAAAAAUAAUAAUAAUUAUAAAUUUGGUUUGUUUUAUGCAGUUUUUGUCCGAGAAAACGUACUUUUGAUUCGGGUUAGGGUUAAAUUCAUUAUUAUUUUUGAGGAAUGCGACCCCAAAAGGGACAAGUGGUAGAAAAUGGAUGAAUGGACAUAAAAAAAAGCGCUUAAGUUUCCUUAAGUUUUUUAAUGAAUAUUUUAAAAAUACAUUUUGUUUGUUUUAUGCCUUUUUGUCAUAGAAAACAUACUUAUUCAUUACUUUUUUAGCAAUGACAUUGAGAAAAAUCCCAUUAAAGUUCUCAAGGAUCCAAAAAGGUCCUGCUCAUAAAGUGUUAAAAAUAAUCAUAAUAAUAAUUAUACUUUUUUUUUUUUUUUUUGUUUUGUUUUAUUCAGUUUUUGUCCGAGAAAACUUACUUAACAUUGGGUUGGAUUCAUUAUUAUUUUUGAGAAAUGCAACCCCCAAAAGGGACAAGCGGUAGAAAAAGGAAUAGAUGGACAUAAAAAAAGAGCUCAAUUCGUUUUAAGUUUUUUUUACUAAUAUUUUAAAAUACAUUGUGUUUGUUUUAUGCCCGUUUUGUUAUAGAAGACAUACUUAUUGAUUUUGAUUCAUUAUUUUUGAGCAAUGACAUUAAAAAAAAUCCCAUGAAAAGUUUCAGGGAUCCAAAAAGGUCCCGCUCAUAUAGUUUUAAAAAUUAUAAUAAUUAUUAUUAUUAUAAUAAUAAAUGAUUGUUUUUGUUUUGUAUUAUGCAUUUUUGUCCGAGAAAACUUAAUUCACAUUCAUUCGGGUUAGGGUUACAUUCAUUAUUAUUUUUGAGCAAUGACAUUUAAAAAAAAUCCCAUUAAAAGUUUCAGGUAUCCAAAAAGGUCCCGCUCAUAUAGUUUUAAAAAUUAUAAUAAUUAUUAUUAUUAUAAUCAUAAAUUAUUGUUUUUGUUUUGUUUUAUGCAUUUUUGUCCGAGAAAACUUAAUUCACAUUGAUUCGGGUUAGGGUUACAUUCAUUGUUAUUUUUGAGCAAUGCCACCACAAAAAGGGACAAGCGGUAGAAAAUGGAGGGAUGGACAUAAAAAUACAAAUUAAAAAAAGUCCCAAUAAAGUUCGCAUGGAUCCAAAAAUGGCCCGUUCAUAUAGGGUUAGAAAUAAGUUGUUUUUGAUUCAUUAAAAAAAAAAAUAGAAAUAGAAUAAUAAUAAUAAAAUUAUUUAUUUUAUUUUUGAUAUUAUCCGUUUUCUACCGCUUGUCCCUUUUGGACCGCUUGUCCGAAAGGGAUAAGCGGUAGGAAAUGGAUGGACAUUAAAAAAAAAAAUCCAAUAUUAUUCUCAAGGUUCCAAAAAGGUCCCUUUUGUAAAAGUGUUAAAAAUAAGUUAUAAAUUAUUAUUUUUUUACUUUCAACAUUUAAUUGUCUCCAUAUAUCUACCUUUUCUGUUUUAUUUUAUGUCCUUUUUGUCAUCGGCAACUUAACAUUGAUUUUAGCAAUAUUUUUGAGCCAUGACAAUUUCAUGACAAAAAAGCUGCCAUGCAUGUUUGUUUGUUUUCUUCAAAAGUCAACAUUGUACACCAGUUUGAUCUUUUAUUUCACAUUUUUUAAGUUUAUUUUUCUGUAAAAGCAUUUUUUUUUUAAAUGUGCAGCUUGUGGUUUAAAAAAAAAAAAAAAAAAAGAAGACUUUGGACACCCCUGGUCGAGAUCCUUUGUUAGUGUCGGCCUGCACUGCCCUCUGCUGGCCAUUCUUGGAAGUUUCUGCACUGCCCUCUGCUGGCCAUUCUUCGAAGUACAGAAAUGAGCCCUAUUUGAUUAACGGCGCUUUGAACUCUUUGUUUCGUCUUGGGGACUUUUUCACUUUUUAUCAUCCGAAAUUUGAUUUCUUUUGGGUCUGAAUCAUUUAAUUUAAGACCACCUGAGCUUAAAUUUAAAAAAGUAGCAUAAGGCGGUCACUUUUCCAACGUUUAAAAAAAAAAAAAAGAAAACAUGACGUCCUCGUUCUGCUGCUUCAUCAAAGGUCACAAACGAUUUCAGGAAAAGCAAAAGUGUUUACAUCGCCCGGGUCAACAACACCCGUCUUUACAUCGCCCGGGUCAACAACACCCUUCUUUAGGACGUUUGAUUUUUGAUUUUUUUUUUGUGAAGUUUUGUGUGGAGUUUUCACCCGGACCUGACCCCUGAACCCUGACCUUAGACAGCCCAUCCAGUGAAAUGUUGUCAGAACAGCACAAAGGCUCGGAUGCUUAAAACCAGACUAAUGUUCAUACGUGACACUUUUUAAUGAACAAACGUUUUUGAACUUAAUGCUCUCAUUUCUUUGCUCUUCUCCUGUCAUCUUUUUUUCCAGGGUUACGCCAUUCUUUUCACAAUUGGAAAGUGACUUGUGCGCACGAGUGUUCCGGUUCAAAGGACUCGGAGAAGUAGACUUCUGGGAUGGCACGGUUCAAGUACUUUAAUGUUUAUUCCUUCAAAAAUAUGCAGAAAUAUUGAAAUGGAAAGAUUUAUCUGACAAUCACCGGGGGGGCGGAGAGGGAGGGUUGGUUCCCUGGCAGGCCGUUUUAAGAGAGCACCGUUAGUUUCCUGCUUUCUCUGGUUUUCAAAGUAAAGGUUGUUUCCUAAAUGCAA